AUGAUUCCACUUAGUUCUCUCAGUUUGCUUCCUCUGCUGUCGCUGUAUGUGGGAGCCCUGCUGUCCUCGGAUGCAUCUCCGGCCUGCACGCACCCUCCCUGCAGGGACAGUCUGGUGGCUGCUCCCAUCCAGCACGGGACGGGAGCAGGAGUGGGUACCGGGGCCUGCGAGGGUCAAUCUGGGUCAACAGCCUGCAGAAUGGGGGUCUCACUUCCAGCCAUCUCAGAUGUUCCUCGAAAGGUGGAGCACAGGCACGAUUUCCCCCAGGUUCAGCCUAAGACCGGAGGUGUGAAAGAGCGUCUCGUUCAGCUGCAGCGCUGCAUGCGCUCUCUCCAGGAAACAGGGGGCUCCUGGAGCUACGGGGGCCAGGAGAGCAACUCUCUAGGGGCUAUCCUGGCACUAAUGGCAGCUGUCCUGACAGAGUGUGACCUCCACUGUCACAGUCAGGCCCUUGGGGCGAUGGCCAAACGACUGGAGAGUGCAGCCGUGGGAAGAGAGGGGGAGAGAGACCUGCUGCUUUUCUUGAAGAGCAUCACACAAUAUCCUCCCACAGUUGCCCCCUUGGAGAGGUUACAUCCUCGGGACUGUGCAGAGAUUUACAGGCUCGGCAUCAAAGAGAAUGGAAUCUACACCAUCCAGCCUGACCUGCAAAGGCCGCCAUUGGAGGCUAAAUGUGACAUGGAGAUGGCGGGUGGUGGGUGGACUGUGAUCCAGAAUCGGCACGACGGCUCGCUGGACUUCAACAGGACAUGGCAGGAAUACCGAGAAGGCUUUGGCGGUCCGCAGGGAGAGCACUGGCUGGGGAACGCAGAGCUGCACGCCCUCACCUCCACUGGCCAGCACCAACUCCGUAUUGAGCUGGAGGACUGGCACCAGCAAAAACGCCACGCUACCUAUAACAUCUUUAAAGUGGCCUCAGAGGCACAGAGGUAUCGUCUAACAGCGCGGGAGUACUCUGGUGAUGCAGGCAACGCAUUGAGCUACAGCAAACGUUACAACCACGACGGCAGAUCAUUCAGCACGGCUGACCGAGACCACGACCGUUAUGCAGCUGGAAACUGUGGUCAGUACUACGGUGCAGGCUGGUGGUUUGACGCUUGCCUGGCAGCUAACCUGAAUGGACGGUAUUACCGUGGACGCUACAGCGGGGUGACCAAUGGGAUCUACUGGGGGACAUGGUACAUUCUGACGGACGGACGAAGUGGGGAACGCUACUCAUUCAAGAGGGUGGAGAUGAAGACGAGACCCAGAAACUUUGUAGGAACGUCCUAAAUAAUGGUGACAAUUCUAACAGUCAACUACAGUUUUCUUUUCGUCAGUGUGGACAUUAGUGUACGUAGAGCAGCUUUCAUGUCACUUAUCAGUUACAUGCAGGUGGCAGCUAUUAGAUUGAAGAAAAUAAAUCCUAAAAUACAAUGUCUAAACACUUCACUAGAAGACUGUUUGAAGCUACACUCCAUAUUACCCUAUUGUUUUGUUUAUUAAGGACUUCCCUCACAUUCACAUUUCUAGCCUUACUCCAUAACAGUGAUAUGAAGAAA